AAAUUGACAGCAACCAAAACUAUCGAAAUAAGCGAAGUAACCUCAAAAAUAUUGGAAUUAUACCCAUACAUUUAGACAACGUACAUUUAAUACUCAUCAACUUCUUUUUCGAAAACGAAUACUACAAAUUAUAGUGCAAGAGUGCCAUUAUUGCGCAUCAUGCUAUGUUAUCAGGAACAUCAAAUAACAUUCGAUUCAGUCACCUUUUUAGCUACUGAUCAAUGAAACUCGAACCUGAUUAACUAAACAAGCAAAUAAGUCGUCACAUACUAUAACCAAGUUACUUAAAACUAUCUCUACACAUGUUCCAAUGGUAUAACUGCUCUUUGAACCGAUACAACCAACAAACAAUUCAUUAUAUUAAAGAUCCUACAUGCAUGUUUUUCCUGAAAUUAUUCCAGGUCCAUAAUUAUAGCAGUAAAUAUUAGCGCGAGCGAAAGCUCUUACCAUUGUAACAGAUUGUUAAGUAGUAAGCAACACAUUGUUUAUGUUUGUUCACACUACAUUCACAUACUCUGUAUUAUCAUACCAUCUACAUACACUUAAUGAUGAAAAAACUAACGAGUGAAGCUUAGGGACUUAAAAAUCGUCUUACUAUCGAAAAAUUAUUGUUAUAAGUAGCAGAUUAUUUACUGAAACUUCGAAAACUAUUCGCUAUUUCAAUCAGACGAACGAAUUCACCACACAUUAAAACUAAAGUUUAGAAUAAAAUUGUGUUUCCAAAUAAAUUGCGAACAAAAUUGUGUUAUCAAAACUCAAAUUCAGAGAAUAAAAUUGUCUUCGCAUAAGUCUACAACAAAACACUUGCCGAAACUCAAAAAGAAAACUGGUCUUUUGAAAGAAGACAGUCAAAAAAAUGCAAACCUCUCCUUCCAAUUCUAACCUUAUUAAGUCAAUGGAGCUGACUACCUUGCCAUGUCUUCCCCUAUGUUGUGCAAUUGAAUGUCUGCUAAAGCAACCCGAAAUCACAAGUUGCUUUGAAAUGCCUCCGAAAACCGCAUCACAAUUCACCUCACUCAAUGACAGUAACAGUUCACGUGUUGUGAGCAAGUGCAAGCUAUCUGUGUGUCGGAUGAGUCUAGAGGGAACAGAAGAGGUGUCCGUGUUCUCUCAGCUGUUCCGACUUCUCAGCAGCAAAUCCAUUCCUCAACUGUAUUGUGAAGGAGUUUACAUACAACAUUCACGAUCUAUCUUGAAAUUCCUAUCAAGCUAUUGCCCUUCCUCCUCUUGGUACCCAGCAGAUGACAAUAUCCUGCUCAGAGCGAGAGUAGAUGACCUUCUAGAGUUAGAUGCCACCGUUAUCUACCCCGAAGUAAGCAGACACCUAGCGGAAAAUAUCUUCCAGGACAAUAAGUCACAAAAACAGCAGACCAGUGCAAAUAGACCAGGCCCUACUUCUAGAAACAACUUAUUGGACUGCCUGAGCACCCUGGAUGAACACUUGCGGAACAAUGGAUUAAGCUGUCGUUUCUUGUGCGGACCCAGUGCGACCAUAGCAGACUUGAGUAUAGGCAUGGCCAUUGAAUAUCUAUUACUUAGUGGGUUCAUUCUCUCCGCCGAUGAUCACAACAACAUACAACACUGGCUUGACAAGUGCAGACAAAACAUAAAAGGCUGGGAUGAGAGUUUGCAGCCAAUGAAGAGUUGGAUUGACCAGGCAUCCAACACGAGCAACCAAAAACUGUCCGCUGCCAUCAGCACUUACAGACGACUCUCAACACCUUCUGUUCUAUUAGACGAGCCUAGCUUCGACUUCUCUGAGUAGCAGAGGCAUUUGAAAAAGGAGAAUAUCUGCUUGAAACUCCAUCAAUACAGAGAUUCCUCAAUUCCACCAUUGAGAGAACAUCAGAAACCAUUGAGAAAAAACUUGGGCUUUAAAAUUUUUUAAAUUUUGUUGAACACCGUUUGUUAAGACAAGCUACAGAUGAGUUUACAAAUCACGAAUAAAUAACUCAUUGACAGUAAUUUGAAAAAGUCCUCAGCGGCAAUUAAGUCAAACACGGAUCAAGAAUCGCACAAAAUUCAAUGAGUCCUAUAAACCCUACUCUGCUUUAAAAUUACUCUCUACUCUUUGUUGAUCAGUCAAAUUUAGAGUCAAUCAGUGUAUUGUUUAUCUGUAAAUUGUUCAAACUAGAUAUAUAUAUAGCUCGAUCUUUAAUUUACCAUUAAUACCUAUCCUAUUGCUGCCAGGCCUCAGCAAUCCUGUUCAC